AUGGAUCCCAACAACCCCAACAGCCGCCUCUACCUCAACAUUGGCAACAACGGCGACCGUCUCCCAGCCGCCGAUCGAACCUAUCCCACAACCCCUUCUAGCUUCCCUCAACCUGUCUACCCUAACCAGCAGCAAGGCAUGGCCCAACAACCUCAGGCCCCUUCGCAGCAAUACGGCGCCGGCUACCCCGCCCAAGGUGGCAACUACUUCCAACAGGGCCAAUACCAACAAUACCAGCCCCAGGGUGGUGCCGACUAUAGUCAGGCCCAGUACGGCGGGGCUGGUGCCGGUGCUGGUGCUUCGGGCUACGCACCCAGGUCCAACACUCCGGGCACUAACGAUCCCAAUGUCGGUCUGGCUCAUCAGUUCUCCCACCAGAACCUCGGUGGCGCCGGCCGCGCUUCUCCCUACGGUGCCCGGGGAGCCUCUCCCGCUCAACGGCCUCGCACCGCCGGCUCCAACUCCCAGCAGCAGCGCGAUGCAUACAACAACAACCACAACAGCAACCCGAUGCCUUCCCAGUCUGUCGCACCGGGCCCCGUUUUCCAGCCCGCCCCCGAACGGAACCCCGAGAAAUACGGCCAUAAUGCCAACAACAACCAGAAGAAGUGCUCCCAGUUGGCUGCCGACUUCUUCAAGGACAGCGUCAAGCGUGCCCGUGAACGCAAUCUCCGACAGAGCGAGAUGGAACAGAAGCUGAACGACCCCAACCAGACCCCGUCGAGGCGCGAGCAGAUCUGGCAGAACGGAGGCAAGAAAGAGGCCAGAUACCUGCGUUUCUUGCGUACCAAGGACAAGCCAGAGAACUACAGCACCAUCAAGAUUAUCGGUAAAGGUGCCUUCGGCGAAGUCAAGCUGGUGCAGAAGAGAGCCGACAACCAGGUCUAUGCUAUGAAGUCUCUGAUCAAGACUGAGAUGUUCAAGAAGGACCAGCUGGCUCACGUCCGUGCUGAACGUGACAUUCUGGCCGAGUCUGACAGUCCUUGGGUGGUCAAACUCUUCACCACCUUCCAGGACGCCAGCUUCUUGUAUAUGUUGAUGGAAUUCCUGCCUGGUGGUGACUUGAUGACUAUGCUUAUCAAAUACGAGAUCUUUUCCGAGGACAUCACAAGGUUUUAUAUUGCAGAGAUCGUGCUAGCGAUCGAGGCUGUCCAUAAACUGGGCUUUAUUCAUCGGUAUGGUCAUUCUUUCCCACCGAGGAAAAAGAAGAAGAAGAAGAACCCUCAAAAGCCGGACAAUAUUCUCCUGGACCGGGGUGGCCACGUCAAGUUGACAGACUUUGGCCUGUCGACCGGUUUCCACAAGCUACACGAUAACAACUACUACCAGCAGCUUCUCCAGGGCAAAUCAAACCGCCCCAGAGACAGAAGCUCCAUCGCCAUCGAUCAGAUCAACCUUACUGUCUCUAACAGAGCGCAGAUCAACGACUGGAGACGAUCGCGUAGAUUGAUGGCCUACUCGACUGUCGGUACACCCGAUUACAUUGCCCCAGAGAUUUUCACCGGUCAAGGUUAUUCAUUCGAUUGCGAUUGGUGGUCACUGGGAACCAUCAUGUUCGAGUGUUUGGUGGGUUGGCCGCCGUUCUGCGCCGAGGACAGCCACGACACGUACCGCAAGAUCGUCAACUGGAGGCAGUCUCUAUACUUCCCCGACGACAUCACCCUCGGCCGCGAAGCUGAGGACCUCAUCCGAAAUCUCAUUUGCAACACUGAAAACCGUCUGGGUCGUGGCGGUGCGCAGGAGCUCAAGACGCAUCGAUUCUUCCAGGGAGUCGAGUUCGAUAGCCUCAGACGCAUCCGAGCGCCAUUCGAGCCGCGUCUCACCUCAGCGAUUGACACAACCUACUUCCCGACCGACGAGAUUGAUCAGACUGACAAUGCCACUGUCCUCAGGGCUCAAGUUAUUGCUUCUGGCAAACUACCCGAAGAUACCCCCGAAAUGAGCUUGCCGUUUAUUGGCUACACAUUCAAGCGUUUUGAUAACAACUUUCGAUGA